AUGGGAAAGACCAAUCUGGAGCUUGUUCGCGAAUGCGAUAACUUCCCCUACUAUGAGGACGACCGUGCCGCCUACACGGAAAACCUCAAAAACUAUCACGCUUUCCGAGUAUUUGGCUGCGAUGCGACGCUAGGAUAUGUUCUGAAUUCGGUCAUCGAGAAAUUCCCGUGGACCGAACACUGGGCUAUUGACUCCGCCGCGAAGACAUUGACUCUAGUGACACCCGCCGACGCAGACCCCGCUCUUCGCAGCAAAUUGGUCGCAGAGAGCAUCGCAGAGGCCGCCAAGCAAGGUACCUUCGAAGUGCUGAAAGGAUGGCGUAAUGAGAACUACCCUGUGUACGGACCGGGUGGCGAAUAUCUUCUUGAGAUGGAGCGCUGCGCAUCAUGUCUCUUUGGCGUCGUCACCUACGGCGCCCAUAUGACCGCCUACGUUGAGGACGAAACAGGACUUAAAUUAUGGAUCCCCCGCCGCGCAAAGACUAAGCAGACAUAUCCCAGCAUGCCAGACAACACCGUGGCGGGCGGCAUGUGCACCGGAGAAAGACCAUUCGAAUGCAUCGUUCGCGAAGCAAUGGAAGAAGCCUCCCUCCCAGAAGCCGAAGUCCGCCAUUUGAUCCGCGCCACAGGCUGCGUGACAUACCACCAUGUGCGUGAUGUGCGCGCCGGUGGCGAGACUGGCCUCUUGCAGCCUGAGGUCGAAUACGUCUACGAAUUGAAGCUUGAUCCGUCGGUGGUUCCCACGCCAUGCGACAAUGAGGUCGAAGAGUUCAAGCUGUUGUCAAUCGAUGAAGUCAAGGAAGCGCUCGCACGGGGUGAGUUUAAGCCUAACUGUGCUGUCGUUAUCAUUGACUUUUUUAUUCGCAAUGGUCUUCUUACGGCGGAGAACGAGCCAGAUUUCUUGGAUAUCCAGGCGCGCCUGCAUCGUCGGUUGGAAUUCCCAACGGCGUCGCACGCCCAGAGGUAG